CGUCUCUCUUCCUCUGUAUAUAUAAAUGCUCAGGGCCUCCCUGAUCCCCAAAUGUCCCAGGCCGGCCCCUCUCUCCCCACUCCUUCCUUAAACCCCCCAUAACCCUUGUUCCUUUCCCUUCCAGUCUCGCUCCUCUUCUCCAGGUCUCUCCGGCUCCAAACACAAACGGCGAGGAGGCGCCGGAGCGAGCUGCCGUCGCGGCCCGCCACUGCCGGUGGAGUCGAGUCCCGAAGCUGGAGAAGUGGAGAUAGAGCUUCCGCACCCUCUAGCCGGCGUUGAUCAGAGUGCCUCUGCAGCAGGGAAGAAGGGGCGAACGUACGCGUAGCCAGCAGCGGUAGCGGGGGAGGAAGAUGAUGAUGACUCAAGUGGCCAACCACAGCAAGAGGAACCACACCGACGGCUACUUCAGCGGGAAGCAGCAGCAGCAGCAGCAGCAGGCCGGCGCCGCCACCGCCACCAGCAGCGGCUCGGAGGAGUUCGGCCGCAUGGGGUCCAAGAAGCCGAGGAGCGCCAGCCCCAGGGGCAGCGGCGGCCCCAUUUCUCCCAGGGAGAAGAAGGACAAGGUCGGCGAGAGAGUGGCGGCGCUGCAGCAGCUCGUGUCGCCAUUUGGGAAGACGGACACGGCUUCUGUUCUUCAGGAGGCGUCGGGCUACAUCAAGUUCCUGCACCAGCAGCUCGAGGUUCUUAGCUCCCCGUACAUGCGCCCUCCUCCGGCGCCCGGCGCCGAGCCUGAGGACCCCGAGCACUACAGCCUGCGGAACCGCGGCCUGUGCCUGGUGCCGGUGGAGCAGACGCUGCAGCUGACCCAGAGCAACGGGGCCGACCUCUGGGCGCCGGCGAACACCAGCAGGCGCACCUGAAGCGAAGCCCGAGGCAGGCCUCGACGGCGGCGAUGGCCGCACUGCGUGGCAGGGGUAGAAUUCCGGUGCAAGCGCGCGCAUGCGCAUGGCUGACCCAAUUCGGUCAAUCUCCUAACACAAUCGUUUCGUUUCGUUUCGUUUCCGUGAACCUCAAUCAGCAGACCCUGUGCUGGCGCCGGUAGUAUGUAAUGUGUAACCGUCGUGUAUAGCGAGACGACGCACCGCCGAUCGAUCGAUCGUGGUCGAGUCGUUGCGUCAGUGACUAUGUGCAUGUGGUUUAACAUGGUAGCGACCUGUUGCUGUCGCCGACUAAUCAUCAAAAUCAGCAGUUCCAUUCA